CCCUCCCCAGCCGUGGCCCCGCGCGCCAUGUGUCCCCGGCCGGGCGCGCCGCCUCCGGGCCGGCCGCGGCGCCUUUAACCAGGGAAGGGAGCCGGGCGGAGGGGGCGGUCGGGCGGCUCAGAGGAGGGCUCUUUCUUUCUUCUUUUUUUGAAUGAACAGUGACGUACUACAGGAAACCAGGCGGUUUGUGCGGAGAAUGAAGUAAGAGGCCAGACCCCCCCGCCCCGCGCCCGCCCCCUUCCUCCCCGCCCCCUCCCCGCCCGCCCGCGCGCCCGCCCGCCGCGCGCCCGCCCGCCGCUCCGGUGUCCCCACCGAGCCGUCGCCGCCGCCGCCAGCGAAGGUGCCGGGGAGCCGGGCCCUCCCCGCCGGCAGCCGUCACCGCUCGGAGCGGGCUGCGCGGCGGGAGCUCGAGGAGGCGGCCGCCGCCUGCGCCGCCGCGCAGGAGCAGGAGGAGGAGAAAGGGUGCGCAGCCCGGAGGCGGGGUGCGCUGGUGGGGUGCAGCGGAAGAGGGGGUCCAGGGGGGAGAACUUCGUAGCAGUCAUCCUUUUUAGGAAAAGAGGGAAAAAAUAAAACCCUCCCCCACCACCUCCUUCUCCCCACCGCACCACACACAGCGCGCGGGCUUCUCGCGCUCGGCACCGGCGGGCCGGGCGCGUCCUGCCUUCAUUUAUCAAGCAGCUUUUCGGAAAAUGCAUUUGCUGUACCGAGUUUGAUCAGAAGAGGAUUCCUGCCCCCGUCCCCGGCUCUUCCAGCGUCUCCCUCCCGUGUCUCUCCCGUGGAGGCGUGAAGCGGUCCCGCGGAUAGAGAUCCAUGUCUGCGCCCGCGCGUGAAUGUGCGUGUGUAAAUUGCGGAGAGGGAGAAAAUCACAGGACUUCUGCAACUGCAGGACUGAAAAUUGUAAUUCAUCUGCCGCCACCGCUGCCUUUUUUUCUUGUGCUCUUGAGAUCUCCGGUCGGGAUUCCUACGGAUUGACAUUUCUGUGAAGCCGAAGUCUGGGAAUCAAUCUGGAAAUCCUCCCAAUUUUUACACCCCCUCCCCCAACUCCUGGUUCAUUUGGAAGUUUUAAAGCAGCUAUAAACGGAGAGUUCUGAAGAUUGAUGGGAUCGUUGCCUUAUGCAUUUGUUUUGGUUUUACAAAAAAGGAAACUUGACAGAGGAUCAUGCUGUCCUUUAAAAAUACAACAUCACGGAGGAAGUAGACUGAUAUUAACAAUACUUAAUAAUAAUGUGCCUCAUGAAAUAAAGAUCCGAAAGGAAUUUGAAUAAAAAUUUCCUGCAUCUCAUGCCAAGGGGGAAACACCAGAAUCAAGUGUUCCGCGUGACUGAAGACACCCCCUCAUCCAAGAAUGCAAAGCACAUCCAAUAAAAUAGCUGGAUUAUAACUAUUCUUUUUUCUUUCGGGGCCGUGGGGUGGGAGCGGGGGCGAAAGGUGCUGUUGGUCCCCGGCUGCUUUUCCUCGGGGAAAGGAUGGCUCACGCUGGGAGAACAGGGUAUGAUAACCGGGAGAUAGUGAUGAAGUACAUCCACUAUAAGCUGUCACAGAGGGGCUACGAGUGGGAUGCUGGAGACGCGGGCGCUGCGCCCCCAGGGGCCACCCCCGUGCCGGGCAUCUUCUCUUCCCAGCCCGGGCGCAACCCCCCGCCCGCUGCGCCCCAGGACCCAGCAGCCAGGACCUCACCACCGCCACCCCCGGCUGCCCCCGCUGCCGCCGCGGGGCCUGUGCUCAGCCCGGUGCCACCUGUGGUCCACCUGACCCUCCGCCAGGCCGGCGAUGACUUCUCUCGUCGCUAUCGCCGCGACUUCGCCGAGAUGUCCAGUCAGCUGCACCUGACGCCCUUCACCGCGAGGGGACGCUUUGCCACGGUGGUGGAGGAGCUCUUCAGGGACGGGGUGAACUGGGGGAGGAUUGUGGCCUUCUUUGAGUUCGGUGGGGUCAUGUGUGUGGAGAGCGUCAACCGGGAGAUGUCGCCCCUGGUGGACAACAUCGCCCUGUGGAUGACUGAGUACCUGAACCGGCACCUGCACACCUGGAUCCAGGAUAACGGAGGCUGGGACGCCUUCGUGGAACUGUACGGCCCCAGCGUGCGGCCCCUGUUUGACUUCUCCUGGCUGUCUCUGAAGACUCUGCUCAGCCUGGCCCUGGUGGGAGCCUGCAUCACCCUGGGGGCCUACCUGGGCCACAAGUGAAGUCUGCAUGCCGGCCCCAAACAAAUAUGCAAAAGGUUCACUAAAGCAGUAGAAGUAAUAUGCAUAAUCAGCAAUGUACCAGGAAACAAAGUUAUGGUAUCUUUAAAGGAAAGCAACACACACACACACACACACACACACACACACACACACACGGCUUUCAGGCAAAGCGUCGAAUCAGCUAUUUACUGCCAAAGGGAAAUAUCAUUUAUUUUUUACAUUAUUAAGAAAAAAGAUUUAUUUAUUUAAGACAGUCCCAUCGAAACUCCCGUCUCUGGAAACCCUACCACUAAUGGCCAAGGACCACUACCUGAGAUUCCACCUGCUGGUGUGCCCAAGAACCGGACAGGCUCUCCACGUGGACUGGACUAGCCAUCCUCUGAGGAGCAAACAGAUGGGCCAGGCACUGCCCGCGGGGGAAGCUGGGGUGCCGGCUGCUGGAGGUUGGGUGAAGGCGUUCAUCUGACUUGCAUUCAUGGGUCCUGGGGGGCAGCGAGGUUACAGAGGCAGGGUGCUUAGAGGGAAGUCUGUUUGCCCCUGGCCUAAAGAAAGACAUUUGCAUGUGACUCACAUGGUACAUAGCCAGUUAGAGGACAGAAACUAGGAACUUCAGAUGGAUGUGGUACAGUGAGACUUCCCGCUGAAGGACAGUGAGGAGAAAAAUGCCCUUAAACCAUAGGAAAGUAUUUUUUUAAGCUACCAAUUGUGCCGAGAAGCGUUUUAGCAGUUUAUACAAUAUCAUCCAGUACCUUAAGCCCUGAUUGUGUAUAUUCGUAUAUUUUGGAUACUGAAUACUGGCUCUGUCUGAGUAAGAACCAGAAUCCUCUGCAUUCAAGGAAGUGGACAUUUUGGUGACUUCUUUGGCAUCAGGAAGGCUGCAGUCACCCAGAGCAUCAGGCGGCCACAAGUGCCUGCGUUUAAGAGUCUGACUCCUGCAGAACCUCCCGUGUGCCCCAGCCUGGAGGCCUGAGCCCUGGGCCCGAGCGCGGGCACUCGCUGGCCUCCUCAGAGGGGUCCAGCAGAGCAGCGUGGCCUCCGAAUGUUUGGGAGCUGAUGGAGCUGUCAAGAAAGAGCAAUAGUGGACCGGCUGGGCCUGGUACCCUCCUGCCCUCCCAGUCGGCCAUCUCCACCCAGAGCGUGGAACGGGAUCCUGGGAGCCAAGCCCCUUCGUAGGACAUUGAUCACUGUGGAAGGAGGGAGGCUGGCCCUUUGCCUUUCCUGGCAGAGGGACGUGGCGAGAGCUGGGAAGCCACAGCCCAACCAGGUGCGAGGGAAGGAGAAGGCUAAGGCCCUUCAGGCUGCUGCACGUGGGCAUUGGUGGCCCCAGCUUGUCUGUGUGGUUUAAAGCAAGGCUUUAAAUGAUUUUGGGGAGGGUCAUAAAUCCUAAAGGAAGCAUUGAGAAGAGGUGCCAUGGAUUAACUGACCUAUGUCUAUGGAUUUACAUGUAGAACAUUAUCUUGUCAUUGUAGUUUGGUUUUAUUUGAAAACCUUAUGGGGUUGCAAGGGGGGGGGGCAGUUCCAGGUGUAGAAUGUGGGAAUUAUCUGUACAUCCUGGGGCAUUAAAAAAAUUAAAACAAAAAAAAAAAAAGCAAAGG